AUGGGGAGUAGACAAACGGUGGCGCUGGUGUUGGCGGCUCUCCUGCUGUUGGUUUGGAGGAGACCCUCGCCGGCUUUCGCCGCGGCCGUGGCGGGAGACCAGGGCGCUGGGGCGGGGGGGGCAGCGUUCAAGUUUGGGGCGUUUGGGCUGCGGGGCAGCUUGACGGAUCGGACACCUGGGCUGGCCUACUUUGCCCUUCUGAUGGCUGCCGGGUGCGGCCUAUUCGUGAGCGAGGAAGCGUUGAAUGUAUGGGUGGGGGGAUCCCUCGGGCGGUGCCUGGUGCUGGACGGCACUCGGGAGGCACUGAUGCAGUCGCUACGGGCGAACUGGGGCUACAUCGCGUCUGUCAUUUUCUGGGUUUACUGGGGCGUGUGCCUGAGCGACCUCAUCCCGUUCUAUGCGGGCAAGUGGGCAGCCCAGCGAGGGGAGAGCGUCACAGAAAAGCUUGGGGGAACGAAUCAAGCAACUCUGGCUCGAGUCACGUCAGCGGUCCGCAAGUAUGGUGCUUACAUCGGGCUCGUCGAGCGCUUCUCCCUCGGGGUGCGGAACCCGACCGCCUUCCUGGCGGGCUUCUCGGGCGUGUCUACUUCGACCUUCUUCAUUGGGGUGUGCGCCGGCGGUCUCUUUACGCUACCCCUCCAGAUGGGCCUCGGCUUUGUGUUGCGGGAUCGGCCGGUCGCUGCGCUUGCAACCGUAGCCGCAGUUGUCGGGACUUGGACGGUGGUUCCUUACGCAUCGGCGGCUCUUGCGGCCGCGUGGUUCUUUGUCAAGCAGCGGCUAGACAAGAAGGGGGACGCGGAAGUCGAAAGUUGACGCACAUCUGAGAGCUCUGCGAAUUGCUCAUGAGUAGUCUGAAGUUCAAACUAUGCAGCGACGGUGGAGCACGUUCAGCUGCCGCUUGUACAUGCAUGCUCUGUAUCUCGUGCUGUUGUAAAGGCGGCUGUAAGAAGCUAUGCGUGAAGUUUGGUUCGUACGUAGCAUUGUAUACAUAUGACGGUGUUUUGCAGUCACCUUAUCGCCGGGUACGUAGCAAUUGUCGUAAUUGCAAGCGAAAGUCCUGG